AUGGCUCUUAAUAAGAAUCAGAGGCGAAAGCAGAAGGAGGCGCAGAGAAGAGCGGAAGACAGAGCGAUGGCGGCCCGACAGCGAGCCGCGGAGCGUCAGGAAUCGUCAGCAGACGAAUCGGAGGAGGAAUGGGUGCCGCAGCGGCCGAUCCACUUCAGGAGCACGUAUUUGGUGCUGGGAAGCGUCGAAACGCCGCCCGGAAUCUUCUUCUCCAUCCACUCGAUCAUCCUCCUCUUUCUCUGGCUCUUUCACGCUUUCGGCUACUUUUUUAUAAGUAAAAAUCCGAUUUUUUCCGUCGCAACCUCAUUUUCCCUAUUCAGAACUGUAUCCUCGCUGGCUUCCCGAUCGACCCGCCCACAUUUUUUUCAUUUAUAACAGAGGUGAGCGAAAACGACGCAAUUUUCACACAUGUUUUUUUUGUGAAAUUAGGCUCAAUCAAUCAAUGCUUUUCAGCGGGAAAAAUUCCAGAAAAACCCGAUAAUUUUCAGUGCUCGAAAUUCCGGAAUGGGUGACCGUCGGCCACGUGGUGUUCCACGCGGCAAUGGCAUUGGCGGCCGACGUGCGAGUACAGCAGUUAGGACUUGUGCUGACCGGAAUGCAGAGCGUCGUGGCCGCGUUCUUCAUCGCCCAAUGCUUCGAUCGGAUCGUGAACAACGACUACGAGCUCUUCAGUCCGUUGCUUCCGUACCAGAUGGCCAUUGUCAUUGUCUACUUGAUAACCGGUCAAUUUUUCACUAAUUUUCGACAAUUUAUUCAACUCACCACUUUGCUUUUUCAUUUUCGUCUAAAAAAUGCAUCUGGAGACGUGAAUGUAAAAAGCAAAGUGACGAGUGAAGCGGAGCUCGUUUUCUUUGCCAAAUACACCGAUUUUUUGCAGUAAUCGCCGUUCAAAUCAUGGUUUUUCCGCAAUACAUUGCCGAACUCGAAUGGUACUCCGAUGAGGUGCAGGAGAAGGAAGACAGAAAACGCGAGGAGGAGGAGAGGAAGCGGAACCAGCGGAGAGGAAGCCGAUCAUAA